CAAAUAUUAUCUGCUCCCUUGUCCCAGCUCCAUCGUCUUCUCUAUUCUGCAAAACCCUUUCCGAGUCGAGGUUUCCGAAGAGAAACAAAUUCGCUGCUUCUCUCAGCCACCGUCACCGGUUGGGCAACACUCGAUUUUAGAUCUUCAUGUGACAUUUACAAGGAAGCUGAGAAUUUUAUUGAGGAUGAGCACUGUGCAGAUUAGUUCAUGCAAUCCUUGCAUCCGUCUCAGGAACAGCUCUCAAUCUCUUCGUCUCCCUUCUAAGCCAUAUAUUUUACCAAUUCAUGCUAAACAUGCUCUUCUUAGAAAUCCUUUGGUAGCAACGUGUAAUGCAUCAAUUCAGCAACGGUGCAUGACCGUAUUGAAGAACCAGCGAUGCAGGGCGGUAUCUACAUACCAACAAUCAUUCCCUGUCUGCUUAUUGGGUGGAAAAGGAAAAAAUGGAAGUGAUGACGAGGCUUCCCCAUGGAAAUCUCUGGAGAAAGCAAUGAGCAAUUUGAAGAAGGAAAGUUCAAUAGAGGAUGUAUUACGUCAGCAGAUAGAAAAGAAAGAAUUCUAUGAAGACAAAAACAGUGGUACACCUGGUGGUGGUGGUGGCGGCGGUGGCGGUGGCGGUGGUGCAGAUGGAUCUGGUGGGUCAGAAGAUGAAGGCUUUGCUGGAAUCAUUGAUGAAACCUUGCAAGUGAUUCUAGCAACCAUUGGAUUUAUAUUUCUGGUAAUAAUCCUGCAUUCCCUAGCAACUCAUAUAAGCUUGUUGUUUUGUCAGAGUCGAAUGCUUUUGUUGCAGUAUGUUUACAUCAUCACUGGUGAGGAGUGGGCUCGGCUAGCAAAGGACUACCUCAAGUUUCUCUUUUCAGGGUCUGAGAGUGUUCGUCUAAAACGUGCCAUGUACAAAUGGGGAAGGUUCUACCAGAAGCUGACUGAGAAGAAGGUGUAUGAUAAGUUCUGGUUGGAGAAGGCCAUAAUCAGCACCCCAACUUGGUGGGAUAGCCCUGCCAAGUAUCACUACGUAACUGAGAGCAUUAGAUCUCAUUUAGAAUCAAAUUCUGAUGAAUAGUCCCAGUCAAGUACUAUAAUUAUACCGACCUUCCCUCUACAUUUGAGCAUUUCCCAUCAACUUUUUGAGGGAUGGUACAAGUUAUCAGCUUAUAACGUACAUUUUAUUGUUACUUCUGACAUUUGAGAUCCUAAAAUUAUUUCGUUAAAGUUGUUUUCACUGCAGAUAA